GCCAUGACUGCCCAGUGUCUCCCUGGCCUCCCCACAGAGCUGGCCUCCGUCUCAGUCUCAGCCAAACAUGUCCAGCCUCCAGGUGCUAUGCUCUGGCCUGCCACUGCGGCCCCUCCCGGAAAACCGGGGACGCUGGGCUGGGGUGCCCCACGCACCCGUCAGGACCCCCGGCCUUAGCCCUGCGGAGGAGCAGCUCGCACUGAAGAAUGCCCUGCGCUACUUCCCCCCGGACGUCCAGGAGCUGCUGGCCCCUGAGUUUGCCCAGGAGCUGCGACUGUACGGGCAUAUCUACAUGUACCGGUUCUGCCCCGACAUUAAAAUGAGGGCCUACCCAAUCGAGCAGUACCCCUGCCGGACGAGGGCCGCUGCAGCCAUCAUGCACAUGAUCAUGAACAACCUGGACCCUGCCGUAGCCCAGUUUCCCCAGGAGCUCGUGACCUAUGGAGGAAAUGGGCAGGUGUUCAGCAACUGGGCUCAGUUCUGGCUGACGAUGUCCUACCUGUCACAGAUGACAGAGGAGCAGACCCUGGUCAUGUAUAGCGGACACCCUCUGGGCCUCUUCCCAAGCAGCCCCGGGGCCCCCAGGCUGGUCAUCACCAACGGGAUGGUCAUUCCCAACUACUCCUCCCGGACAGAGUAUGAGAAGCUCUUUGCUAUGGGAGUUACAAUGUACGGCCAGAUGACAGCAGGCAGCUACUGCUACAUCGGUCCCCAAGGCAUCGUCCAUGGCACAGUGCUCACCGUGUUGAAUGCCGGGCGACGGUACCUGGGGGUCAAGGACCUGGCUGGGAAGGUCUUUGUCACCUCUGGGCUGGGCGGAAUGAGUGGCGCUCAGGCCAAAGCCGCGGUCAUCGUGGGGUGCAUCGGCGUGAUAGCAGAGGUGGAUAAAGCCGCCCUCAUGAAACGCCACCAGCAAGGAUGGCUGAUGGAAGUGACCGACAGCUUGGACCACUGCAUUGAAAGACUCAGGGAAGCAAGGAAAAGGAAGGAGGUACUCAGCCUUGGUUACCAUGGCAAUGUAGUAGAUCUUUGGGAGCGGCUGGUCCAUGAGUUGGACACGACGGGGGAGCUCUUGGUGGACCUGGGGUCAGACCAGACGUCCUGCCACAACCCGUUCAAUGGCGGUUACUACCCUGUGCAGCUGGGCUUUGCAGAGGCGCAGAGCCUCAUGGCCUCCGACCCGGCUGCAUUCAAGAGCCUGGUCCAGGAAAGCCUGAGGAGGCAAGUCUCGGCCAUCAACCGACUGGCCAAAGAGAACUUCUUCUUUUGGGACUAUGGCAAUGCCUUCCUGUUGGAGGCCCAGAGAGCAGGAGCUGACGUGGAGAAGAAAGGCGCCAACAAGACAGAAUUCCGCUACCCUUCGUACGUCCAGCACAUCAUGGGAGACAUAUUCUCCCAGGGAUUCGGGCCUUUCCGCUGGGUAUGCACGUCAGGGGACCCCCAGGACCUGGCGGUCACGGAUGAGCUGGCCACGUCUGUGCUGGAGGAAGCAAUUGCUGACGGAGUGAACCCGGCUGUGAAGCUACAGUAUGUGGACAACAUCCGCUGGAUCCGGGAGGCCGCCAGGCACCGGCUGGUGGUGGGCUCCCAGGCGAGGAUCCUGUACUCAGACCAGAAGGGCCGUGUGGCCAUUGCUGUGGCCUUCAACCAAGCCAUCGCCCGUGGGAAGAUCAAGGCACCGGUGGUCCUGAGCCGGGACCACCAUGACGUGAGUGGCACAGACAGUCCCUUUAGGGAGACCUCCAAUAUUUACGAUGGUUCUGCCUUCUGUGCAGACAUGGCUGUGCAGAACUUCGUGGGAGAUGCCUUUCGAGGUGCCACCUGGGUCGCUCUUCAUAACGGCGGGGGUGUCGGCUGGGGUGAAGUGAUCAAUGGAGGAUUUGGCCUCGUGCUGGACGGGACCCAGGAGGCUGAGCAGAAGGCCAGGAUGAUGCUCAGCUGGGACGUGUCCAAUGGGGUGGCUCGGCGCUGCUGGUCUGGGAACCGAAAGGCCUACGAGAUCAUCUGCCAGACGAUGCAGGACAACAAGGGCUUGGUGGUGACACUCCCACAGGAGGUGGCAGAUGAGCGCAUGCUCCAGCAGGCCCUGCGGCUGUGAGGGGAGCCCAGGAGCCGGCUGCGGUCCCCUCGCAUGCUUAGUCCCUGUCCUCACCCUCACAGCCACACUGCACCUUUCAGCACACCCCUUUGUCUCCUGGGGUAGGAGUUUCACACACAAGCCCUCAUCUGGGGAUGUGCCACUACCACCCCCAUUUUACGGAUGAGCCAGCCAAGCCAGGAGAGAUGGGGCCAUUUGUCCCUGACUGCUGGGAACCCUGGGCGGGGGGCAACCACCCUUGUCCAGGGCCAAAUCCCCUAGCCUACCACAGAGGAGCCUGGACUCCAGGAGCUUUUGGAGGGCGUGCAUGCCAUGGAUACUGGGCACCAACAAGUCCCUUCAAAGCCCCUGCCGGUCCUUCUCCUGCAAAGGGGGCAGCGUUUCCUUUGUCCUGUUUUACGAAUCAUGCUGCCUCCUGUCCACCCAUCCACACAGCUGUCCUUCCAUCUGCUGGCCCGUCCAGGUGUCUGUGAUGUAUGUUCUGCACCUCAGUGCCCCCAGCUGUGGGACCCAAGGAGCACGGCCAGGCCCGGGGCUUGGAGGGUCCGGGAAGGAAAGCAGGGAAAUAAAGGAUUAACUAGAA